UCUCUAAGAAAAGUGGAGUUGUGAUUUCCUUCCAUUCAUGUUGACAAGAAGAGAUGUCUAUUAGAUUGGAUCUGGACUCAUCCAUACAUAGAACAGAUCUAUUGCAAUUCUGAGCAAUAAUUAUUACAAGCUUACAUCUCAUUUAUUUCACUGGAUCUAAGACAUAGACAAUAAAUUUUUGUAUGUUUUACACUUUAUGUUUAAAAAAAAUUAUUAGGGAAAUUUUAUGAACUACUUAGAACUAUUAUGCAUGCCAUGUAAAGGUAUAUUGGUACAUUACCAAGAGGAAAUAUUGGCUGUAGGCUGGGAGUAUUUUGGCCGAGGCCUUAUAGAAUGCAGAAUUAUUUUUAUAUUUUUUAUUCUUCUGAUUGAUAUUAAUGGAAGGCAGUAAAACCAAACCUGAGCUACAAUGAAUGUAAAACUGGCAACUUCCUCAUCAAGUUGCUCUAUCCAUUGUUAUAGUAGUGCUCAGGCCAGAUUUUAUAUUGUUCACAUAAUUUUAACAUGCCAUCCAGCUCAAUGUGAUUUACAAUGCAAAAAAAGGCUUAACUUGACCCACUUUCACAGCCAGUUAUAGUCAGGUGCCUAACAAGUUAUAUUUAGAAAUGUGCAAAAAAAGAGUCUUGCUGGGUUAGAUCAAAGCCCUAGCUAGACUACAGCAAUUUUUCCCACUGUGGCUAACCAGAUGCCUCUGGAAAUAUUCCUGUAGAUACUAUAAAAGCUAUUAUACAGCAAAUGAUUUAUACUUGUUGUUUACACAUACUUAGUUGUUUAAUCCGAAGAAAAGGUGAACUGCUAUGCUCCACGUAUCCUGUUUCAUAUUGUAGAGCUGUUCCACGUCAUCAUUUACUCAACUGAUGCAGAAUCAAUUCAUCUGAAGCUCAUGCAGAGUUGGUUUGCUUUUCCAAAGUCCUAAAAAAGCUUUGAAAUAUUUAACUAGAAAGUUGUUUAAGAAAAAAAUAAACUUUAUUUUUCAGAUGGAAGAAAAUAUCAAUUGCAUUUUCAGUAGUAAUAUUCCUUGCCCCAUACUAAAUUUUAGGACACCUAGCCAGUCUUGUCAGCAGGUAGAUUCUUGGGCAGGAGACCACCAUGGAAUUCCAGCCCAAAGUUUUCCAGCUUUCAGAAGGGCAUAUAUUUUAUCUCAGCUAUAUGUGCUGUAUCUAUAAUAAUAAUGGUGGUCACUCUGGUAUGCAAAAUGCAAAUAAAAAGUAGAGAGGCAGGAUUGUUUAAGGAAAUUACUUCACAACCUAUGUAAUAAACUCCUAAAAAAAAAUAUCCGGUCUGAAUUUCAUAUUAGUCAUAGUGAGGACCAGUUCAUACUGAAAAACCGGAUUAACAACUUUUGGGCAUGACUAACUAUAGGAUUUAAAUGACGCAAAGGAUCAGUAUGAUCACAAGCAAAAAAGAAAUAUGAUUGGUACAGUUGAUUUGUGCAGUGGUGGGAUUCAAAUAUGUGAACAACUGGUUCUCUGUGUGAAUGCCGCUUCCGGAAGCCCAUUCUGGGCCCAGGCAACAAAAAGUUAGCUACCGGUUCUGCCAAGCUGGUGUGAACUGGCUGAAUCCCGCCACUGGAUUUGUGUCUUUAUUAGUUGAUUCUGUUACACUGGAUAGAUGUUUCUGUACUGUAUGGAUUGAGAAAAAAUAACUGAAUUUCAGGAAACGGAUGGUGUACAAAACUCUGUUUGUAACAUUACAUCUAUGAUGAUACUCCAUUUCUACAGGAAGAUCAAUACGUGCUUUUGCAGUCAUUAUGACAUGUGUUGAAACCAGAGAAACAUGCUGAAAAUUUAUUCUUGGAUUACAAUCAUCCUAAUUCUCCCUAUCUUGAUCUGAAGGCAGAUUGUAGGCAGAUAAAUGUAAUAAAUUGUUCUUGGCAUAAUUUCAGGGAGCAGACAAUAUCAAACUCCUUAAGAAGUCAUGAGGUUUUUCAGUUGCUUAUUGAAAGAAGAAAAAGUUACUAUCUGUCCCUAACCUGGUCCUUCAGAUCUUCCACCAAUGCACCCAAUCACCACUGUAACGGAGUCCAUUCAACUUUCUGUUAAGUUAUCCUCUUCUUGCAAUUCCUUCCCAGAAUUAGUCUUCUCCAAAAACCUGGAUGUUCACCUAAUGUGUUCAAAGUAGGACUAUUUGGGCCUGAAUACUUGUUCCUCAAAUAAGAGGAAUGAUUUGUUUAAUGACUGACCCAUUUGUGUCAGCCCUACUUCUCCUGCCUCCAUGCGUGAAUACAAUAUAGCUGGUUCCUUUCUUUCUCACACUUGCGUGAAUAUCUUUAUUAAUCAACAGUAGAGUGCCUAUUUUUCUUGCCACAUAACUUUCCCAUCUAAAGGAGGAUGCUAGGCAAAGGGCGUGUUGCGCAUGCCUAUGCAGCAACCGAGAGCAGUACGAAUUGGCCCGUUAGGCCUCCGAGCGCUUCUCGAUUGGAGCGUCCCCCCCCCCACCAUUGCAACGAGCUGCCUUGGGCUGUGCUCGUAUCGAGAUGGAAAUUGCUUGGGGCGGGGGGGGGGGGAGAAAGCGAGAGACUAAAAGUGGCGUAGAGCAAGCACGUUGUAAGUCCGCCCGCAGUCUCUGGAGGGCAGCAUUGGGCGGUGAACUUCCUUCGGCGUCCAAAGCAACCUCUUCUUAUUGCCCGCCAGCAGCGCGGGUGCUGUUGAAGUUGCCCCCAAGGGAUCCGGAGCGCUGCGCCGCUGGGCCCAGAGACCUUUGCUCCCGCGGGGCUGGGGGGAGGGGGAGGGAGAAGCCCGCGGGCGAGGAGGAAGCUCGCGAGCUCCAGGUUCGCUCCUAAACUUCAAUCCGCGUCCGGGCGUGAACCGAUUCUUCCCUCCCUUCCGCCGGGCUGCCUUGGCGGCGCCUUUCCUCCAGGCCGGGCUUGCGCUCCGCCUCGGGAGAGAAACCCCGACCGGACCCAGCGCUCGAGUUCCAAAGCGGCGCCCCGCUCCCUUCCCCGCGUUGACAGGCGGCGAAAGCGCAGCCCUCCCCUCUUAUACGUACACACAGACUGCGCGCCUAGUCCCAGAGCAGGCACGGUAGUAGCAGCCAGCAGGCGAAGGAGCCAGCGGCGUCGGUGCAGAAAUAAGGUGGACGCGCGGCUUCCCGCACAGGCAUCAUGUGGGUCUGUUGGUAAGAGGGGUGGGGGGGACCGAUCCCCGCUCCUCCGCCCUCUCCCCUCCCUCGGCACGCGUAGCGGCACCCGCUCCGACGAGGCAAGAGGAGACGAGGCAGCCCCGGAGGCCGCGGGGAAUAAUCGGAGAAUUGAUUGUGAAAAAAAGGAAAGCAGAAGAAGAAAUAUUUCCUGGCAAGAUGGCCGACUUGGAGGCUGUGCUCGCCGAUGUGAGCUACUUAAUGGCAAUGGAGAAAAGUAAAUCUACUCCGGCGGCUCGAGCCAGCAAGAAGAUCAUCCUACCUGAGCCGAGCAUCCGCAGUGUUAUGCAGAAAUACUUGGAGGAUCGGGGUGAAGUCACCUUUGACAAGAUAUUUUCUCAAAAGAUCGGGUUCCUCCUAUUCCGAGAUUUCUGCUUGAAUCAAGUAGAGGAGGCCAAACCGCUGGUGGAAUUCUAUGAAGAGAUCAAAAAAUAUGAGAAGUUGGAUUCUGAUGAGGAUCGAGCAAUUAAGAGCCGCCAGAUCUUUGACAUCUACAUCAUGAAGGAACUGUUAUCCUGCUCUCAUGUGAGUGCUUCGGACACUUGCUGCCAUGUGAGAGAGUCUGAAAAGGCCCUUGGGAAUGGGCAGAAAGGCCGCUUCAUAAUCACCUUGAACGAGAUCCUUGAAAAUCCCUUCUCGAAAACAGCCACAGAGUAUGUGCAAACCCGUCUGAGCAAAAAGCAAGUGCAGCCUGACCUGUUUCAGCCAUACAUUGAAGAGAUUUGCCAACGUCUGUGUGGGUCUGUCUUCCAGAAGUUCAUUGAGAGUGACAAAUUCACACGCUUCUGCCAGUGGAAGAAUGUGGAGCUGAACAUCCAUCUGACCAUGAAUGACUUCAGUGUCCAUAGGAUCAUCGGACGCGGUGGAUUUGGAGAGGUCUACGGCUGCCGGAAAGCAGACACGGGCAAAAUGUACGCCAUGAAGUGUCUAGAUAAGAAGCGUAUUAAGAUGAAGCAGGGGGAGACAUUGGCUCUGAAUGAACGCAUCAUGCUGUCUCUUGUCAGCACUGGGGAUUGCCCCUUCAUCGUGUGCAUGUCAUAUGCCUUCCAAACACCCGACAAGCUCAGCUUCAUCCUGGACCUCAUGAAUGGGGGUGAUCUACAUUAUCAUCUUUCCCAGCAUGGGGUCUUCUCGGAGACAGAGAUGCGUUUUUAUGCAGCAGAGAUCAUCCUGGGUCUGGAACAUAUGCACAAUCGCUUUGUGGUUUAUCGUGACCUCAAGCCAGCCAACAUCUUGCUAGAUGAAUUUGGCCAUGUCCGCAUCUCAGAUUUGGGACUCGCCUGUGACUUCUCCAAGAAGAAGCCUCAUGCCAGUGUUGGAACACAUGGGUACAUGGCACCAGAGGUUUUGCAGAAAGGCGUAGCCUAUGAUAGCAGUGCCGAUUGGUUCUCUUUAGGCUGCAUGCUCUUCAAGCUUCUGAGGGGGCAUAGCCCUUUUCGACAACACAAGACUAAAGACAAACAUGAGAUUGAUCGCAUGACACUCACUAUGGCUGUGGAGCUGCCAGACUCCUUUUCACCUGAGUUACGUUCUUUGCUGGAGGGACUGUUACAGAGAGAUGUCAACCGUCGGCUGGGCUGUAUGGGUCGUGGGUCACUUGAAAUAAAGGAAAAUCCAUUUUUCCAGGGUGUGGACUGGCAGAUGGUUUUUCUCCAGAAGUAUCCUCCACCCUUGAUUCCACCACGUGGGGAGGUAAAUGCAGCAGAUGCUUUUGACAUUGGCUCAUUUGAUGAAGAAGACACCAAAGGAAUUAAGCUAUUGGAUAGUGACCAGGAGCUGUAUCGCAACUUUCCGCUCACCAUCUCAGAGCGCUGGCAGCAGGAGGUGACGGAGACUGUAUUUGAUACUGUCAAUGCUGAGACUGACAAGCUGGAGGCCCGCAAAAGAGCAAAGAACAAGCAGUUGGGCCAUGAGGAAGAUUAUGCCUUGGGCAAAGACUGCAUCAUGCAUGGCUAUAUGUCAAAACUGGGGAACCCUUUCCUUACUCAGUGGCAGAGGCGAUACUUCUACCUCUUCCCAAAUCGUUUGGAAUGGCGUGGAGAGGGAGAAUCUCCGCAGUCCCUGCUCACUAUGGAAGAGAUCCAGUCAGUGGAGGAGACACAGAUAAAAGAUCGAAAAUGCAUUCUGCUUAAGAUCCGGGGAGGCAAGCAAUUUGUUUUGCAGUGUGAUAGUGAUCCUGAGUUGGUGCAAUGGAAGAAGGAGCUGCGUGAUGCCUAUCAAGAAGCUCAACAGCUGCUGCAGAGGGUACCCAAAAUGAAACAUAAGCCACGCUCUCCAGUGGUAGAGCUAAGCAAGGUCCCACUGAUUCAGCGCAGCAGCAGUAGUACCAAUGGCCUCUGACCUUCCUUGACAUCGUUUCCCAUCCUUAAUUUAUUCAGCUGGAUUUGCCCACCAUUCCUACCCAUUCUCCCGUCUCUUCUUGCUGAUCAUUGUGACGUCCACCCAGCCCCCCAGGGAUAUAAUGAGGGGGUGGGGUAUUCAGAAAUCGUGGGACAGGUUCCCUCCUCCCCUAUCCCCUCUGCACAUGGGGAUCAAUAACCAUUCCAGGGGUAGGAGUCUGAUAAGGUGGAUAAGAGUCUACUCAUUCCUUAAUGAACAAGGCUGAAAUUAAGGCCCUGCCCCUAAAUAGGACCAACAGAAAGAAAUGUGAAGUGUGCCAGGCAUCUUGAGCAGUUCCUUCCUACUUUCUCACUGUGGUGCCAGAUGUGUAUCAAAGUAUACAUGAGGAAUACCACAGAUCCUGCUAGUUUGGGCCUUGUUGACAUGGCAUUUUGGGAAUGUACAUUGUCUUAAAAUAAGUCCUCUUACGCUAGCAGAGAUGAGAAAUUCCGCAAGACAAUCUGAAAUUCAGACCCAUUACCUUCCCAUACCGAGCUCUGACAAGGGUUCAUUGGCAGAUCCUAAAGAAAUCUAUUCUAGAUCUUGCCAGAGAGAUUUGAAGAAUGUGUUUUCAACGCAUUUCCGAAAAGUGUUGGGUAGGUGGCCAUUGCUAAGCAUAAGCAUCUCUUUCAGGAUUGGCUGGGGUUCCACUCCAGGCUGGGAAUGAGGUCUGGCCUUUAAACAAUUACACAGUAAUAGAAAUUCCUAAUAAAAUCUAGUCCUGUUCUUUCCCAAUGUUCUGUCCAGGUCCUUAACCCUUAUUAUUAUCUUCUUCUAUUGUUCACCAUUCCAAAUCUGAUAUUUCCAACCCAGGACAGCAGCUGCUUCUUCAGCAGCAGCCUUGGGAACCGAAAUCCUUUGCUAUUCCAGGCCUGAACAGGCAUUCUCAAUCAACAGUGCCAAAUUUCAAGUGGUCUUGUGCCUGUUUCUGUUAGCCUAGCAAAAAUGAAGUUGUGCUCCCUGAGACCCCACGACAGAUCUCUUGCCCAGAAUAUAUUAAUGCCUCCAACUACUUUUCUCUGAAGUCAGGUGAGAAUUGCCCCCGUUUCUGCUGUCUCCACUGUCAAAGGCUAGGCUGCUUUGCUGUGGGCAGAGGCAGGGGCAGCAGGUUUCAUGCCAAAAGUGAUUUGGAGCUGCCUGAGCCUCAUUUCAGGGCCUCUUGAGGCUGGAGCUGGACUGCAGUAGCUGAAACAGCCUGAUCAAGGCUUUGUGCCAACUCCCAAGUGUCUGAAGGAUUCUGUAAAUAAAUUUGUGCCAAGGGGCCAGGUUGGGUUUGAAAAGCUAAGCCUGCUCGUCUCCUCCCUCCCAGUAUGCCUUGUAUAAAACAGUGUUCCCUUUCAAGCCCCCACCCACCCACCCACCCAAGCGUUAUGAUUUCUCCCACAGGAUGGUGAGAAAUCUCAGGUUGAAUCUUCCCUGUAUCCUUCCUCCUCUUUUCAUUUGCAAUUAAUGGGGGUUGGGGUGGACGGCUUUCAGUUGGGGGUCAGGUCUCAUGCCCCAAGCGCAUGCAAUUGCCUCUGCUGCAUGCCCCCUCCCCCCAUGUGAUGAAUUUUGCCUGUUCUGCCAUCUGAUUUCCCCCCUUCCUUCCAAGAAGAGGUGGAAUAAAACCCCUGUCCCUGCAGUGUCUGUAAAUAUUGAUCUCUGGUUUGUUUCUCUGGGUUAUUAUUAUGGAUUUUUUGCCGAUUUUUGAAUGUGAUUUUAAUGAGUGGGAUAAAUACUGUUUUUAUAAUAAAAAAUCCAAAACCCACAA